AUGAUAUUAUACAACUAUUUAUGGCUUGAUAUUGGGAUAUACAAAAUAGCAAUAGAAGCAAUAGCGGCCGUCCUUUUCUUUGACUGUUCGUUAAGUGAAAUUCAUCAUUUACACUGUUUCCAGGGUUUUCUGAAAACCUCAUUAUCAAAAGUUCAAACAGCACCAUUCCAAAUUGGAUCAUCUGAAGUUGAAUUGAAAGAUCUAGGUGGACGACUGUUGCGAGGACUUGUUCGUCCACUAAGUAUAAUAACACCGAAACGUUCGCUUCUGUCCACGGCUAAUAUGUUUCUCGCCACGAAGGAGAAAAUGUAUACUUUCUCUCUAUAUACGUUCACUUCCAGUAACGUACAAUGA